GCCGGCACCCAACCACACAAAGGACUCAACGUUCCGCGUCCGACUGAGUACAUCAGGUAUAUAUACAUCAUACACAGUAUCGAGAAGCACAUGUGAAGCAGAGGUACCCCGUACCACACAAGCAGAAAGCAGAAAAGGCAAAUAACGAAGGCAUGACGUCCUGCUCAACCCAAACCACCGAUAGCCAGCUGCGGAGCCAUGGCGGCGGGUACCUUCCGAUCGAGAAUUACGGCUUGAUCGGCAACAUGAGGACCUGCGCCUUGGUGGGCAUGGAUGGCAGUGUCGAUUUCAUGUGCUGGCCCGAAUUCGACUCGCCCUCGGUCUUCUGCCGCCUGCUGGACAAGGACAAAGGAGGCCACUUCAGCAUCCACCCGGCCGCGAACCUCAACUGCACCACCAAGCAGCAGUAUCUGCCGUCGUCCAACAUCCUUCAGACGCGCUACAUCCACGAGGAUGGCGUGGUCGACCUCGUCGACUUCUUCCCCCGGCCCAAGACCGCCAAGGUCGCCUACAAGGGCCCCAAGCAGAGCGCGUUCCGAGAGACGACCAGCGUGCAGGAGGAGCUGAAGCAGUGGCUGGUCCGUCGCGUCGAGUGCAUCCGCGGCUGUUUGCAGAUGGACGUCGAGAUCUUCCCCGCCUUUGGGUAUGCGACCGAGCCGCACACCACCACUAUUCUCCAGGCCGAGGCCCUCCCGCACAGCCCCCAGAGCAAGACGGCGACUUUCCACAGCAAGGAUGUGCAGCUCCAACUCGACGUCACCAUUGACCGUGGCGAGGACAGCGACGACAGCAGCUGGCCCACCGUCCACUUCAGGAAGGUCCAGAAGCCCGGCAUGUUGGGCGAGGGCGUCGUGGCCAGCAUCAAGGUCUGCGAGGGCCAGGCCGUGUCGUUCGUGCUCCGCAAGGACCUCCCGAAGCACAACACGGACAACAUCACCAGCACGGUGCUCGACACCCAGCAGCACGACACCCAGGCGUACUGGUACAACUGGAUCUCCAAGAGCAAGUACAAGGGCCGCUGGCGCGAGGUGGUCUCGCGGAGCCUCAUGAUCCUCAAGCUCAUGACGUACGAGCCGACGGGCGCCAUCAUUGCCGCCCCGACCUUCUCCAUCCCCGAGGACAUCGGCGGCGUCCGGUCAAGCAACUGGGACUACCGGUUCUCCUGGGUCCGCGACUCGAGCUUCACCAUCUACAUCCUGCUGCGCCUCGGCUUCACCGAGGAGGCCGACGCCUACAUGAACUUCAUCAGCGAGCGCUUCCAAAAGUCGCGCGUGUCCGACGGCGGGCUACCGAUCAUGUUCACCAUCAGGGGCGAGACGGACAUACCGGAGCGCGAGCUGUCGCACCUGGACGGGUACCGGGGCAGCAAGCCGGUGCGCAUCGGGAACGGCGCCGCGUUCCACCAGCAGUUCGACAUCUACGGCGAACUCAUGGACGGCAUCUACUUGUACAAUAAGUACGGCAAGCCGAUCCACUGGGACCUGUGGUGCUCGGUCCGCGAGAUGCUCGACUACGUGCUCACCAUCAUGCACCAGCCCGACAUGUCCAUCUGGGAGGUGCGCAACAACAAGCAGAACUUCACCUACUCCAAGGUGAUGCUGUGGGUCGCCUUCGACCGCGGCCUGCGCCUGGCCGACAAGCGCAACUUCCCCUGCCCGAACCGGGCCAAGUGGCUCGCCGCCCGGGACGGGCUGUACGAGGAGAUCAUGGAGAAGGGCUACAACAAGGAGAUGAAGUGCUUCAUCCAGAGCUACGAGAGCAGGACCAUGCUCGACUCGUCCAUCCUGAUCGCCCCGCUGGUCUUCUUCAUCGCCCCGAACGACCCGCGCUUCCUCAACACCAUGGACCGCAUCCUGCUGCCGCCGGAGAAGGGCGGGCUGACCAGCACGGGGCUUGUGUACCGCUACAACACGGAGCUGUCAGAAGACGGCGUUGGCGGCCGCGAGGGCGCCUUUAGCAUGUGCACAUUUUGGCUGGUGGAAGCCAUGACGCGGGCGUCCGUCUACGAGCCCAAGUACCUGGUGCGCGCCAUCAACCUGUUCGAGAACAUGCUGAGCUUCUCGAACCACCUGAUGAUGUUCUCCGAGGAGAUCUCGCGCAGCGGCGAGCAGCUCGGUAACACGCCGCAGGCCUUCAGUCACCUGGCGCUGAUCAGCGCUGCCCUUCAAUUUGGAUCGCGUGUCGGAGCGUUGAUCCCGGAGGGCUUGCUUGGACUAGCGGUGCUGGGCAACCGAACGGAAUCAAUGUUGACACAAUUGUUGUGUCAAAUUAAUUCGGUAGUUCAGUCAGCGAAAAAGCAUGCUAUACAUUGAGAAUGUUUCCUGCUGUGAUCC